AAAAACGGUUGAUUUGUUGCUAAAAGUGAAAAAUUUUUAUAAAAAAUAAUUAAAAUUUUAAAUAAAUUUCAUUAAAAUUAAAUGAAUUAUUUUACGAAUGCUGCAAAAAAUUGCUUGGUUCUCGUUUUUUGUGUGAAUUUGAUAAAUUUUACAUCAGCAAAUGUCGUGCGACCUUUUAGGAAUACCGAUAUCUGUGGAAAAUACAAUAAUCAUAGGGUUUAUUUGGAGUUACAUGAGAAAGGGAUAUUAAAGGCGGAAAAUGUGACGCAUUUUAGAACUAGUUAUCCGCCAUCAAGGGCAGCGGAAACGGAUUCUCGCAUCGCUCGGCAAUGCAGUUUGGAGCUCGUUACUUGCCCGUCGUGCCAAAUCCGGAUUUCGCUGAGUCAGUCGAACAUCACGUCGAAUUGCGUGGAUGAGCAUGACGAUCACAUCUUGAUUUUUGAGAGUCCGUAUGAUCCAACGUUGUCGGGAACGAGGAUUUGUGCGACAAAUUCGAGUUUUGUGACAACCACGAGGACUGUGACGAUACGGUUUGUGUUUCAGAGGAAUUAUACACACGCGUUCACCUUGGAGUAUUAUGCGGAAAAAAACACUCAAACCUUCUUUGCUGAGCCAAGUGACACUUUAACAGCUGCUGAAUCCAACCAAACUAUCAUCACGUCGCCAUUUUUUCCCGCCCUUUACCCACGUGACUACACUGUCGAAUACAAUUUCACUUGCUUAACUCCAUCUUGUCGCAUUCACAUCAUUUUCAGCGAUUUUCUCAUCUCGACCGCAAGUUCUCUUGAGCUUUACGACAGCAAUGGCGAUCAAAUCGAAGUCAUCACAGGAAUUGUCGCUCGUCCUCGUCCCAUAAUCAGUACAAACUCGACUUUACUGCUUCGUUUUUACGCAAAUGGCGGCACUGGAUUGGGAUAUCGAGCAGCUGUCAAGUUUAUUAACGAAGAUCUCUUGAAUGAAACAGCUUUGCAUCCCAUCACGGACUGUGGCGGGCUCGUUGAUACCUUUGGCGGGGCAAUAACGAUGAUGAAAAUGCUGCAAAAUGAAACAGAGCCGAAAUUGUACGAUUGUAUUUGGUUAAUUAGGCCUCCGAAUACUUACAUGCACCUGAAAACGCAUUUAAUGUUGAAAGUUGAUGCUUUUGAGAAGAUGGCAGGACCCUCGGAAUUGGUUAUUAGGCAAGGAUUGACAUCAGAUAAGCCGGAAAUUGAAGGAAUUCUGUUCCCAGCGAGAAAUUUGAAUGAAUCGAAUGUUGUUGUGCCAUUGUCAACUGGGUUUUAUGUGCAUCUGAGAGGCGUUUUUGGCAUAGAUUCGAGAUUGGCGAUCAUUUAUACGGUUUUUAGUUAUAUGAAUUGCUUUUUGGGCUCCGAAUUCCUUUGUGAGAACCAUCGAUGCAUUCCCGUGCAACUUCAUUGUGAUGGAUUUGAUCAUUGCGGCGAUAGAAGUGACGAACCUGAUUCCUGUGACGUUGAAUGGGCUGCCGAACCCAUCGAUCGUCGUUGGUACGUUCACACCCCAAACUACUGGUUUCCCAAAAUCGAUCGUUAUCCAGACCUAAAAACAGCAACUAUGAUCUUCAUCAUGAGCACAAUGGGUCUUCUGACGUUAAUUUCGUGUCUCAUUGUGCUUCUGUACAAAACUGGCGCUCGUGCUCGUGAACAACGCGAACUCCAAAGUCAAUUGCAGACAAUUUCUGAGCUUCUGGACAACAACAACAUCCGCGGCGAUGAACCAAUUGACGAGCCUCCAACGUACGAAGCGCCUCCGGAAUACGACGAAGUCAUAAAACUCGGGCUUGAGGAAGAAAUUCAACGAAAUUCGCAUGGAAGGCGAUCCGGGAGAAAAAGUCGACUUCAAAUAAAUCGAGCUACUUUGAGAAAUUCGACGUCGUCAUCCAUUGAGAUUGUCAAUAACAUUCAACAAAACUCUUCUGACGCGCAUCCUUCGAGUUCGAGUCCUUCAAAUUCGGAAAUGGAACGUUGUCAGCACAUUUCCCGCUUACGGGAAGAACUUGAGGGAAAUGAUUUUUUCGCAGCGACAUCGAGAAUCGAUGUUACAAAUACCAUUAACAGACCGUCGACUAGCCAAACUACAGAAGCGCCUUCGACAACGCAGCAGCAACAAGUACAGGCAAAUAAUUGGAGUCCGCCACCAAUGUACGUUGCGGGGAUACAGGGCACGUUGUUCAAUGCAGCAAACAACAUCGCAACGACUGGCAACGAGAAUGAAUCGUCUCCCGUAAAUCCAAAUGUUUCGAUUUCUGUGUCGAUGUCACGGCAGGAGUCUAUUGAUUCUUCAACAUGGAUCGAUUCAAGUACCACACAGCAACAUUGCUUCAUCAUCCAAAAAACCGAUUCAAAGACGACCUUUUCCAAAACCUCUUCUAUCGAUUCCGUCGAUCUUGCGCACGUCAAAGAAAUAGGGGCUUACCUCUUACGAUACGACUCCUUACCCGAAACAUUACUUCACAGCACCAACACUUCCAGUUCGACACUUUCCUCGUCGACACCUCCGAGAAUUUCCUCUACCGAAGUUUUCCAUCAAUGCAUCCAUUCAACCAGCGAUCAAGAUAAAGAAAAGUUUUUCCAUCAAAAUUGCACUUCGGUACCCGGAUUCUUCUUUUGUGUCAAUUGCGGAGGAAAUUUUGCCUUUCAAUACAUCAAUUCGAGUGGAAGUCUCGGAGCUUUGCCGAAUCCAAUGCAGUCUCAAAAUGUUGGAAAUGCAUCAAUAAGUGCGCCAAAUGUCAAUUCGAACCAAAAAUUGUGCAAUUGUGUCUUGAAUCAAAGCUUUAGUCAACAAAUUCCUGAACAAAAUAUCCCAAAAAGUCAAUCUGCGGAUCAAUUGAUGACUGUGAGACACGAAAAUGAGGAAAUGGAAACAGCGAAAUCGGAAACUGGCAUUUCUGGGGAAGAAGAAUCGACGGAGAGAUGUGAAUCGGGAGUUUGAAACUUUCAAAAUUUAAAUAAAAAAUUUCAUAAAUUUUGAUAAAAAAAAAAAUUUUUUUGUACAUUUUUAAAUUAAUUUUGUCUAAAAAUGACAAAAAUAACUUAAAAAUUGUAAAAAAAUAUUUUUUAUCAAAAUUUAUGAAAUUAAAAGAAAAAUCAUAUACUUACCCUUUAAUUAACAAAUUUAGUUAAAAAUAUUUAUUCAUAUUUU